ACUACAUAUUAUGAUUGUAACAAAUGGUAUUAACUAGCUAACCCAUCAAUUGCUAUAUGACCCCCUAUUCUCUUGCUUGAUUAUGGCCACACCUCAGUGCAGAAAUGGCUUCGCCAACGCAGACUUAGAAAACGUCACAAUGGUAUUCAUAGUACUUGUACAGAUGGCUGAAUAUAUAUAUUGAUUAAAGGAAGUCAGCAAUCUAUCUAAACUAAUAUUUGAUGCACCUGCAUAACGCUUGGUAAAGCUUGACCAGAGGAGGAAGACCAUAGAACCAAUGAGCAACUCUGGUCAAAGCCAUCUCAAAGCGUGACUCGCUCUCAAUGCAAUAAAGCCGAGCCAAUCCACGCGCCGCUUGUGCAUCCAAAAUGUACGUCAUUUCACAGGCUAGGACAGACCUAGGGGCUCUGUUCUACGCAAGAGUGACUCCAACCCGACAUACAUGGCCGAAUAGACGAUCUAGAGUCGCAUUCCGACGCUGACAGUGCAUGUCACAGCUCCGGCUACUAAGUAUGUCGGUGCCUAUAUCGCACCGCAUCAGUGGUCUGACAUAGUGGCUAGUACGAAUAGUCGGAGCCCAAGACCUGGCGAUAUGCUCCUUAAGACGUUGAUGGCAGUAGCGAGACGACCUCUCGCAGAGUCUCCAAGCCAGUGGGCGGUAGCCAAACCUAGAAAACAACGUGGGUACACUGCCAAUAGCUUUCUCAAGUCCUAUCAGAAUACAACGACCAUGAGCCGAUCUCAGCCCGUCGACACAGGUCUUACCAAAUCAGCAACCUUCCUAGUUUUUUCGGUGUUACCAACCGACAACUCAAUCCAAGCUGUACGAGGAGUACUGUCAAGCGUCCCCGACACCGUCAAGAACAUAUCCAUUCGCGAUGUCGACGCUAGCCUCACAUGCGUUGUUGGGAUCGGCAGUCGAGUCUGGGAUUCCGUAACGGGUCUCCCCCGUCCCGCCGAACUCCAUCCCUUCCCGGAGGUUCGCGGCGCUAAGCAGACGGCUGUGUCGACGCCGGGAGACCUCCUAUUUCACAUCCGAGCUGAGAGACGUGAUAUGUGCUUCGAGAUGGAAAGACAACUGAUUGAUAAACUGGGAGAUGCCGUCCGACUGGAGGAUCACACAGUGGGUUUCCGCUACUUCGACGCCCGGGAUCUCUUGGGCUUCGUGGACGGUACGGCAAAUCCAGUCGGUGGGGACGUCGUAGAUGCCGUCAUGGUCUCGGAGUCGGACGGUGGCAGCAACGCAACCUCCGUCGGUGGUAGUUACGUCGUCGUUCAGAAAUACUUGCAUGACCUCAAAGCCUGGAAAACGCUGUCCACGGAGCAACAGGAGGCCAUCAUCGGCCGGACCAAGAUUGACAAUAUCGAGAUCGACGACGCUGAAGACGGCCAGCAACAGGCGCACAAAACUCUCGCUACCAUCGAGGACGCAGCCGGCGGGGAGCAUGCUGUCUUGCGAGAUAAUAUGCCCUUCGGGUCGCCUAGCGCCGGCGAGUACGGAACGUACUUUAUCGCUUACUCGCGACGCCUGUGGGUGGUGGAGAAGAUGAUGGAACGUAUGUUCCUCGGUCAUCCGCCGGGCCUGCACGAUCGUAUAUUGGAUUUUUCGACGGCGAUCACCGGUAGCACUUUCUUUGCGCCGUCACUCAAAAGUCUCGAGGCAAUUGGUGAUGAGAAGUGAGGACUUCUAGAUUUUCGCAUUAUAAUCUCUCUAUUAUUCUCACGUUACAACACAUAUACAUCCAUUCAACCCCUUAA